AUAGCUGGGUGACUUGUCGUUGUUUCAUUGACGCGGGGAGCAGAGAUACAGCUUGUCCUGUGGAGUUUUGCUGAAGGUAGUUUGGUGGCAAGCGGUUAUUCACUAUCCACGGGUCAUGGGCUCCAUGUUCCGCAGUGAGCAGGUGUGCCUGGUGCAGCUCUUCCUGCAAUCCGGUGCAGCCUACAACUGUGUCAGCGAGCUGGGAGAGCUUGGUAUCGUCGAGUUUAGAGAUCUGAAUCCGAACGUGAACGCAUUUCAGAGGAAGUUUGUCAAUGAGAUGAGAAGAUGCGAGGAGCUCGAGAAGACCUUCGCAUUUCUGGAGCAGGAGAUCACACGCUCCCUCUCUCCAUCACUGCGCUCAUCACUGCAGGAAUCCCCGCUCAGCCCCCCUGCCCCGCAGCCCAGAGAACUGCUCACUAUUGAGGAGGAGAGUGAACGCUUAUCUCGGGAGCUGAGAGAGGUUUCCAGUAACAGAGACAGCAUCCGGGCUCAACUGAACCAGCUGUGUCAGUACAAAGGAGUGCUAACUCAGAUGCACUUCCUCACAGUCUCCCAGACGGCGCCACCUCCCUCCUUUGACCCAGUGGGUGUAGCGGAGAACAGGCAGGAUGUGAGGCUCAGUUUUGUGGCUGGCGUCGUGCACCCGUGGAAGGUACCGGCCUUUGAGAGGCUGCUCUGGCGUGCCUGUCGCGGUUACAUUAUCGUGGACUUUCGAGAAAUGGACGAGAAGCUGGAGCAUCCAGAAAGUGGUGAAAUGGUGCAGUGGACUAUCUUCCUCAUCUCCUAUUGGGGGGAUCAGAUUGGACAGAAAGUGAAGAAGAUCUGCGACUGCUUCCACACACAGACGUUCCCAUAUUCAGAGAGCCAGGCAGAGAGAGAGCAGGUUCUGAAGGAAAUCCAGACCAGAAUUGAAGACAUCAAAAAAGUGACAGAUGAGACGGAGCAGUACCUGCAGCAGUUGCUAAUGCGUGCCGUGGCUGUUUUGCCACAGUGGCGUGUGCAAGUGCAGAAGUGCAAAGCCAUUCAUAUGGUGCUGAAUCUCUGCAGCCCCUCCGUGACUGAGAAGUGUCUGAUCGCUGAGGCGUGGUGCCCAGUUCGCCAGCUUCCUGCUCUACAAAGCGCCCUACGUGAGGGAGGGAGGAAGAGUGGUAGCAGUGUUGAUUCAUUCUACAAUCGUUUGCCUCAUAACACCUCUCCUCCGACUCUCUUCCCCACUAACGCUUUCACUGCAGGCUUCCAGAAUAUUGUAGAUGCUUAUGGAGUAGCCAGCUAUAGAGAGGUCAACCCAGCGCUCUACACCAUCAUUACAUUUCCAUUCCUGUUUGCGGUGAUGUUUGGGGACGUGGGGCAUGGCCUUCUCAUGACGCUCGUUGCUCUGUGGAUGGUACUGGAGGAGAAGGAUCCCAAAUUGAGGAACAGCACAAAUGAGAUCUGGCGUAUGAUGUUUGGAGGACGCUAUCUCAUCCUGUUGAUGGGGCUUUUCUCCAUCUACACUGGUGCCAUCUACAAUGAGUGCUUCAGCAGAGGCCUCACUGUCUUCCCCUCCUCCUGGCAUAUUCGCCCCCAUGCGAACUACUACAACUGGACCGAUCAGAUUUUCAAGACAAACCCAUAUCUCACACUGGAUCCAAACGUCACUGGAGUAUUUACUGGACCCUAUCCAUUUGGCAUUGAUCCGAUCUGGGGAAUGGCAAAUAACCACCUGACGUUCCUUAAUUCCUACAAGAUGAAGAUGUCGGUGAUUAUUGGAGUCAUCCACAUGACAUUUGGAGUCUGUUUGUCUUUGUUCAACUACAUACACUUUGGGAAGAUGAGCAGUGUGUUUCUGGUGCUGUUUCCCGAGUUGUGUUUCAUGCUGUGUUUGUUCGGUUACCUGAUCUUCAUGGUGAUUUUUAAGUGGGUUGUUUAUGGUCCUAUGCGCUCCGACAAAGCGCCCAGUGUUCUCAUCCACUUCAUAGAUAUGUUCCUGUUUACAGAGAAUGAAGGCAAUGAAGAACUUUACAGUGGCCAGAUGACUGUGCAGAAGGUUCUGGUGGUUCUGGCAUUGUGUUCAGUUCCUGUGCUGCUGCUGGGAAAACCAAUUCAUGAGUACGUCACCUUCAGGAAGAAGAAACGCCAGGCUGCUUUAAGGGGUGACAGGCGUCCUCUACUAGCAGAAAACGGCUCGGUAAAUGCUCAGCAGGACGAGGUCGAAAUGAAAGCAGAAGAAGAGGAGGAGGAGUUUGAUAGCGCCAAUGUUUUCAUGCACCAGGCCAUCCACACCAUAGAGUACUGUCUGGGCUGCAUCUCCAACACUGCCUCUUACUUGCGUCUGUGGGCCCUCAGUCUGGCUCAUGCCCAGCUGUCAGAAGUGCUUUGGGUGAUGGUGAUGAGAAAAUCCUUCUCAACCACGAACUAUGUGGGAAGUAUAAUCAUGGUCAUCGUAUUUGCUUUUUUCGCCAUCUUGACAGUUUCUAUUCUUCUCAUCAUGGAAGGUCUCUCGGCUUUUCUGCAUGCUCUGCGACUUCACUGGGUGGAAUUUCAGAACAAGUUCUACAGUGGCGCAGGUUACAAGCUCAGCCCAUUUGCAUUUGCCCCCUUAAUCAGCUUCUCUUCAACCAACUGAUAUAGUUUAUUAUCAAAUAAUUUUGUGCCUACACUAUGUUUUAACCCAGACAUUUCAAAAUGGUAUUGUUUAAUGUAUCCAUGUUAUCUUGGGAUUUAUGGUGAACUAGCAAUCAGUCUUCAUAGGUGGUGAAAGAUUCCCUUUUUAUAUUUAUCUGAAAUCAGUUUUUGGGCUUCUUGUAACAGUUAAAGGAUUUGGUUUGUAGGAACAACACCACCUCCCUAACUCUCCUAAUAAACAAAAUCAUAUUAUGGGAGCUGAUAUUAUACAUGAUGCAUUCCACAGAGUUCAUUCGGAUAGAAUGAGUACCAAAAUGUAACUCAGGGAGAUUCCCCCCCCAAAUGAAAGGCCGUUUUGCCUGUGUGUAACAGUAAAGUUCAACGUUUCUUUUUACUCCAAUAAUGUUAGUGAAAUUAAAAUGAAUCAAAGGGAAUUAUUUGCUCCAGGGGGUUUGGUUCUGGCUGUGUUUUUAUAUAAAUUAACAAUUUGUCUUUAUGUCCUGCAUGUUAAGUCUCUUUUAAUUACUUGCUUAACCAAUGAGAGAUGAUUUCUAAAUUAAAUAUGUAACAUUACAAGAGAAGUUAAUACAAAGCCAAUAAAACUUAUCUCAUAUUUGUA